AUGUCCAGCAACAAUAACAAUGCCCGCGACACCGACAGCCACACCCUGAUCGAGAAUGAGACCGAGGAUAAGAGCAAGAACGAUGGAAUUACGAGCAAGAGCGUGGAGCUUGCCCCCUGCACCGGCUGCACCGGGCUAGACCGGCCAGACGCACCUAUAAAUACGAAUCAAAACGAUGAGGACGACGUCGACGAUGUCGCGACGAACUUGAUUAUGGAGGACCCCAGCUACCACGGGGCUCUGCUUAGGGAUUUGUUGAAUGUGAUGCGCCUGGUGGACAACGCACACCUGCAAACACUGCAGGGGAUGAUCCGCGCCGACUGCUCGAUCGAGGAAAUGAAGCUAUUCGUCGAGAAGACCUUGAAGGAUGUGCAGGAUGCCGGCCGGGACGGCGAGACCGUCAAGCGGCUGCAGGAUAUGCGGAUGCGGGUGCGCAUCGAGAGCGGCGAGCCGCCGUUCCGGCCCCAGGUCAUGGAUAUUCAAUAUCUGUGCGACGUGGCGCCGUACAAGGUGCCUGCGAGGCCGUGGACGACGGUGACGGAUGACGACGCGCUGGUGUCACAUCUGAUAUCGUUGUAUUUCACCUGGGAUUAUCCGUUCUAUGCGUUUGUCGAUUUGCGGGCGUUUGUCCGGCAUAUGCAGGGCAGGAAUACGAACUCGGACUUGUGCAGUCCGUUUCUGGUCAAUGCCAUGCUGGCCAAUGCAUGCCAUUAUUCACAAUAUUCCGAGGCAUAUGCGAUACCGGGCGAUGUGAAAACCAAAGGGAGUGAUUUCCUCGCCGAAGCAGAACGACAUAUGCAUACCUACCAGCUCGAACGAGGGAGGAGUGUGCGUCUGGCGUCUCUGCAGGCGACACUGCUUCUGUAUGAAAGGUACUCCAUGUCCGGCGACGAUGAUCUGGGAUAUACCAUGUUGCACCGCGCCAUCGAAAUGGCCGAGUCCCUUGGCAUCAUCAACGGCCCAGAUCUCGACCUAGACAAGCUGCAAAUGUCCGAGGAGAUGCGAUCUUCGAUCCAACGAACCGCCUGGGGGUUAUUCCAGGUCGACACUGUCGUACAUACCAACUUUCGCAAACCGAGCAAAAUCCACCGCGUAUGCGUCAAGCGCAUCGACCGCGACGAAAGCCAGCCCAGCGAGCAAUGGGUUCCGUAUCCAACAGGUAGAGCGCCCCGGCCGUCGUUCCUCAGCCAAUACUUUGACGAAGCGUGCAGACUGUCCUUUAUCGCGAGGGACAUUUCCCAUCAUCUCUAUCAAGAACCCCGCCCCGACGCCACUCAGCACGAGCGAAAGAAAGAAUUUUACGACAAACUGCAGGAGUGGGAAGCCCAGCUCCCGGACUUUUUCGACCCAGCCGGCAAACCCCCGGCCCAUAUCCUCUUACUCAGGAUGCGCUACCACGCCAUCCUGAUCAGCCUCUCGCGCGACGGCUUUGGCGUCCACACCUUCUUCUCCGAGGAAGAAGGCAAAACGCAAACCACCGUCCCUCCCUCCAGUCAACUCCCCGCAGACGUCCGCGACAAAGCAACCGAGCAGAGUCUCGCGUCGGCACGCGCCAUCGCUGCCCUGGUCCGCCUCCACCGCGAGGAAUACGGCAUCGGCCGCACCCACCCGUUCACCACAUACGCAAUCAUGGUCGCGCUAUUCACGAUGCUCGACCACGCCUCGUUCGAUAUCCUCGACAGUGACUUCCUUGCCCUGACGAGCGCAUUCUCGGUCAUCGCGUGCCGGUCACAGGUAGGCCGGAAUCUAUUCCAUAUCUUUCGGCAGUCGGUAAGGGCACAUGACCAGGAGGCGCGCGUGCUGGAGUCGGAUCAGGUGCCGGAGGAAAUCAAAGAGCUGUUCGGGCGGUAUCCCCCCUCGUCGAAGCCGGAUAAAUGGGAUGACUAUGAGGAUGGGCUGGAUAAGUUGGGGGAAGGCGAGGGCAGAGAUGUGGCGGCGGCGGAUGGCAAGAGGAUGAGGAAUUAUGCGGCGUCGGGGGUAAGGGAUAUGUUGAGCAAGUAUGAGAGCUUGAGUCUGGGGCAGGAGUCGCACGAUAGAAGGUAG